CCCGAGUAUAAAAAGCUCCGCAGCCCCGUGCGCAUUGGGCGCUGCGAAAGCGAGUGCGUGCAUCAGUCAGUCCGUGCGUCCCGCCCUUGUUCACGCAGCUUUCAGUCAUGACCUCUGGCAACGCGCAAGUCGGAAAGCCCGCCCCGGAAUUCCAGGCCACCGCCGUGGUGGAUGGCGCCUUCAAGGAGGUGAAGCUUUCAGACUACAAAGGGAAAUACGUGGUCCUCUUUUUCUACCCCCUGGACUUUACCUUUGUGUGCCCCACGGAGAUCAUCGCUUUCAGUGAGCGUGCUGAGGAGUUCCACAAGCUGGGCUGCAGCGUGUUGGGCGUCUCUGUCGACUCUCAGUUCACCCACCUGGCUUGGAUCAACACCCCCCGGAAGGAGGGAGGCUUGGGCCCCCUGAACAUCCCCCUGCUGGCUGAUGUAACCAAACGCUUGUGCCUUGAUUAUGGCGUGCUGAAGGAAGAUGAGGGCGUCGCCUACAGGGGCCUCUUUAUCAUCGAUGGCAAAGGUGUCCUUCGCCAGGUCACCAUCAAUGAUUUGCCUGUGGGGCGCUCCGUGGAUGAGGCUCUGAGGCUGGUCCAGGCCUUCCAGUACACAGAUGAGCACGGUGAAGUCUGUCCUGCUGGCUGGACCCCAGGCGGUGACACAAUCAAGCCCAAUGUGGAUGACAGCAAGGAAUAUUUCUCCAAACACGGCUAGGCUGGCAUAUGGGUGGCACGCUUGGCUCUUGGCCCCCAUCUGUGCUCCUACCUGGGUGCCCCACCCCCCACCCCCGUACUGACCCACGAAAAGCCUCUUCAGACUCUAUAGUCCAUGACCCCAGAGGGCUGGGCCAAGGUCUUCUGAAGCCCCCAGCUGAUAGCUGGUGAAUGGUGACCCCCUCCUUGGAGCCCACAUAGCUGGGAACAGGCCUAGAGGUGACUAAUAAAGUAUUAGGGACAGAUGUAA